UUUAGCCGGCGAUAGUGCGCUGCAGGAAGUUGGUGCGCAAGAGUCAGCUGACAGUCUGGGUUAUUUAUUUGUUUAAAGAAACAGGAUUUAGUGUUUCUGUGUUUUAAUAAAACAAUGUUGCGUCCCAAAGCCCUCACCCAGGUUCUGAGCCAGGCGAACACUAACGGAGUGCAGAGCACGCUCUUGCUGAAUAACGAGGGCUCCCUGCUGGCGUACUCCGGGUACGGCGAUACCGAUGCCCGGGUCACCGCAGCCAUAGCCAGCAACAUCUGGGCCGCGUACGAUAAGAACGGGCACCAGGCUUUCAACGAGGACAAGCUGAAAUUCAUUCUCAUGGACUGCAUGGAGGGUCGGGUGGCGAUCACAAGAGUAGCCAAUCUGCUGCUGUGCAUGUAUGCCAAGGAGACGGUGGGCUUCGGCAUGCUCAAAGCCAAGGCAGAAGCUUUGGUAAAAUACCUGGAGGAACCGCUGACUCAGGUGGCAGCUUCGUAGGGGGAAGGAAGUGGCUGCCGCACCGCUGGAUGGAUUUCCUUUUGGAAGUCUGGGAAGGGCACCAGGGGAUAAUCCGAGGACAGCAAUAUGACAGAGCCUGGGAUAAACCAAGGACAGCACUAUAACAGCACCUGCCUGCCUCUCUCUGUCUCCACAUCUAACUAUAUUAUAUACAAUAGCACAGGCCAGCCAGUGAACGGUGACCUCUGCUUCUCCAGCAAGCACUGAGCCGUCUCCCAAGUGUUUUCUGAAAACACACACUGAUGGAGGGGCAAUGUAUUAAUAACCCUAUGAAACCGCCUGCUUGCUGUCCUUGAAUAGAUGAGCGUCCUGCUAGUGCAGCAGUACCUCCAAAUAAUAUCUGCUUGCUUGUCAGUGUCCAUUAAAGAAAUUGCUCACUACAGGAGAGCUACCCAAGGUAUUUGAUCCUGUUCAACACAUGCCUUGUGUUUGAUAUACUGUAUGUGUCUGUGUGCAAAGAGAAGUCAAUAAAAAGUGUUUGCAAAAUGCUUUAUCAGAGGAGAUCCGCUGGUUCUUAGUAAGACACUCAUCUGUGUUCCACAAACCUCUUUCAGAUUCCAGCGUUCACGGGAAAUAAACUGAUCAAGAUAUUUUGAUAAUGUUUUAGGAUUGUUUUCUUCUGUCUAUUCGGCUGGCACUGAAUAGAACAGCCAAAGUGUCUUUAUAUUAGUGAGCGCUAGCGCUAUCUAGUGCACAGCUAGUGUAUUGCCAGCAAAACAAAAGGAAAUUGGAUGCAUAGUGGCAGACCACAAGAUGGCGCUGGCUCAUUUCUAUAAAGACACUUUGGCUGAUCUCACCUGCAUGUUUGGCAGACAACUGGAACCGAAGAGCAGUUCCUGGACUCAGAGUCAAAAUGCAGACUUAAAUACCUGCGAUGAGAGCCACUUGGAAAGAUUGCAAACAUCAUGAACUGAAGAGGGAGCAGCAACACUGUUCUAGUGUGUAAUACAGGCUGAUACAUUUAGAGGGCUGGUAACAGUUGUGUUAAGAUUUUGUGUUAAGCCUGGCCUGGACUGGAGGGAGCACCCUUUCUCUUAGGGGGUGAGGGAGGGAACAGAUCAGUCUCCAUGCCUCACGCUUGUCCGUUCUCUUGUGUGUUGUACUUUCUCUGUACCUUUAUAGUGUUUCAGACUGAUAAAAAAGAUAACAGAAAUGUAUCCAGCUUCACAAUGAAAAGGGAGCCGAGGAACUCAUUUAAAACCGUUUCUAGUUUUUUUUUUUUUUCCUCUUCCUGAUUGUGAGUCAUCACUUUGCCAAUAAAUAAGUUGCAAAACC